CCGUGCGGCCGGGCCGCCGGAGCCACGGAAGCCCGGGGCUGCCCCCUACAGGACGUGAAGGAGAACCGCGCGGCGCGCGUGACGUCGCGCGCGCGCUGACUCGGUGGGAUCGCGCGCUGAGAGCGAGAGGGGCUGACAAACAAGCGAAACGAGACCUCUGAGUGCAUCGGUAGACGGCCGAGCCCCGGCGGUUAGACAGACUGAUUAGUUUUGCGCUGAAUUAAAGAGAAAAACGCAGUCUCAAGUUAAGCUAUCAUGGCAUCGCUGUUUAAAAAGAAGACGGUUGACGAUAUCAUUAAAGAGCAGUCCAAAGAGCUGAGAGGCACCCAGAGACAAAUCACCAGAGACAGAGCUGCCCUGGAGAGACAGGAGAGGCAAAUGGAAAUGGAAAUCAAAAAAAUGGCCAAGACUGGAAACCGAGAAGCCUGCAAGAUCCUUGCCAAACAGCUCGUGCAGCUCAGAAAACAGAAGAACCGGACCUACGCCGUGAGCUCAAAGGUCACGUCCAUGUCCACGCAGACCAAGGUCAUGAACUCUCAGAUGAAGAUGGCUGGAGCCAUGUCUACCACAGCGAAGACUAUGCAGACUGUCAAUAAAAGAUUGGACCCCAAGAAGACUCUACAGACGAUGCAGGACUUCCAGAAGGAGAACUUAAAAAUAGGAAUGACGGAGGACAUGAUCAACGAUACGCUGGAUGAGAUUUUUGAUGAAUCGGGCGAUGAGGAAGAAAGCCAGGACAUCGUGAACCAGGUGCUGGAUGAGAUCGGCAUAGAGAUCGCAGGAAAGAUGGUAAGAGCCCCCUCAGCGGGAAAGAUCCUCCCCGGCGCCUCCCCAGCAAAGUCUAAAGCGGCCACCAUCUCAGACGCCGAGAUCGAGAGACAGCUGAAGGCUCUGGGAAUGGACUAAAUCCCACCAAAGGACUCAGACUGGGAGAAGGGAGUGUUUAAGUAAUAAAUGAAGGAAGAAUGUCAACCAACAUGCUCUUAUUGAAGUACGGCAGUGAAUUACUGGAGGAGAUUCUGUGGUCAGAUAUAUACAGCAGAUUUAGACAAAAUACUCUCCAAAUCUGCUGCACAUGUUUAAAGGUAAAGGAUGUCAUUUUUGCACCACUAGAGCUCCAAAUGGAGCAUGAUUUGGUGGGGGAGGAGCUAUCUGUUUGGGCAACCAAUGAAAAAUGGUGGUUUUUAAUGGCCAAAAUUGCAUACUUCCUUGCUAUAUGGUAAGCAAACAGAUUAGCAUGUUCGAUUCACAGUAUUCAUGAAAUAGUUCAUUUUUAAGUAAUCUUGGUUGACUUGUUUGACAUUUGUCGAAGUUCUGAAGUGCAUAUACAGCCCGAUCUCACGGGUAUUUGUAUGUAUUUUACUAGGUGGCUAAUACAUACAAAUUUAUACAACCUCCAUACAGAUUCAUACUUUUAUUAAAUCUUACGAAUUUGUACGAGUGACCAACACCCAACCCCAACCUUAUACCUACGUCUCUGUGGUUUAGACAAAGUGAGGUUGUACGAAUUCGUACAAAUUAUCCAUCUCGUAAAAUAUUUACGAAUUGGUCGAUAGCAUUGCCGCAUCUGAUGGACGUUUCACGUUUGGAGUGGAUUCGUGAAUAACAAAACAGUGACACUGGGAUGUCACAUGACACUGAUAACAUGGCAAAUAUAGUCCACCUGGAUUACAUACUUAUAUAACAGUCUGUCUGAUUCUGAUCGUGUGCAAAAAUGACAGACUUUACUUUUAUUUUUAAAGGGUGCUAUUAAAUGCGUUAAAUGUACUCAAACAUUGGGAGAUUUUUUACUCCAUGGGAUUCCCAUGCAUUAUAGGGCUAAUCAUCUCAAGUCAUGUUAGUUAAAAGAUGCUCAUCGUGUGUAUUUUCAUGUCUUUUUAGGUUAUGUAUGAUUUGAGGAAGUAACAGUUUUCCUUUGCAGUGUGAUAAACACUCGCAUACAUACAAAUCAUAUCUUGCAUGAGAAUCUUUGUCGAUAUGAUAAUGUGAUGAAGUCUUUACUGAUCAACCUUGCAACAAAACCCUUCUACUGUCUGAUGAUCUUGGUAGGUAAAGCUAAACUAAAACCGUAGUCUCAGAAAGUUGAAAUUAAAUAACUCGAAUGAUUUGCAACAUAUCAUCAUACCAUGUCAGUGCUGUGAAAACAAUAAUUUUUCAGAUUUUGAAGAGAAAUAAUCAGUCCUGUGGGAUUUUAUACUGUUUACAUUGUUUGAUUAAUACUUUUCAUAUGAAGAUUUACACGUGCAGGAGGGAGCAACUAAUAACUUGAACUUGAACCUCACGAUAAGAGGUGAUUUUAGUAUUGCAGUCGCAAAAGGUGAACAACACAAUGAAGGAAUGAAUGAGACCAGUGUUACUGACAGAUCUCCUGCUCAUAUCUUCAACUCAUUUGUACCGCUGUCUCUGCUGGGAUUAUAAAAACCGCAACCAUGUCAGUGUGUGUAGCUGGAUACAAGACCUUUUGUUUUACUGAUAUUUGGAGUGAUUUCCAGCAAUUGCUGAAGGUCAAAGUCAGUCAGAAAAUCACUAUGAAUGGGUAUUCCAGCCUUCAGUAUCGUUUUUUCUUUUCAGCUUUAUCUGUCCUUAAAAAUGUUUUUUCCCCCAUUCUAACCAAUAGUGUGUAUAUAAAUGUACAGUUGAUGCUUUGAUUUGGUUUUCUAAUUAAUAAAGUACCUCCAUAUUUGUGAA